AGUUGCAAUGGCGGAAAUGAUACGGAACAAAAUCGAUAGUUUGAAUAAAAAAAUGUCAAACAGUUGGGGUGUCUUCUGUCUUAAAUAAGGUUUAAACGAGAUAAAACGGAUAUUUACAUGUACAUAUAUAUGCAUCGAACGGGACUUAUUAGGUUAAUCGAAUGAUCAAGCGCAUUGUUCAAAGUGUAUGGAUAUUUACUUCCUUAUUGAACCGCCUAUGCACUAACCAAGAGUAUGGCAAUGUCACUUGGACAUAGUUGUAAAGAAAGUGGAAGUGACGAAGCUAGGGAUAAUGGAGAGGAUACUGAGGUCUGCUCAUAUUGUGCUACCGAUGGAAAGCUACAGCCAGCAUCAUACUUCUGUUAUAAUUGUGGCGUGUUUGGUAGAUACAUAUGUGGGAGAUGUUUAACGCAUCAUAACCGGACUGUGAAGAGUCAUAAGGUAGAAAUGAUGAGCAAUCAGCAUAUGUCACGAGGACAAACAUUGGAGAAAGAACUUGAAAAAGAGCAACAGAAAGUAGAAGAACUACGCCACAAACUUGAUGACAGUUUGAAACAAAUCCAAGAAACGGAGUUUAUAAAGAGAGAUUUAGAGAUUGAAUUAACACAUCUAGCGCAAAGUCUUCAGCAGGAAAAGAAGAUAAGAACAGCUGUUGAAAAUGAUUUAAAGUCUGCUGAGAACAUGGCUGUGAGGCUUCAGAAACAACUCUAUGACCAUUUUGAUGAGCGUGAGAAAGAUCAAAAAAGAAUAGCAGAACUAGAAGCUGCAUGUAAAAAUCUUGAAGCUGCAUGUAAAAAUAUUGAUAUACAGAAAAAUCAACAGGCAAAAAAGGAUAUGGAACACAUGCAAAAUAUUCUUAAAGAGGAGAAAAGUGACUCAGGUGACCAAUACAAAAAGCUCCUAGCAGUACGAGAUGAUUUACGAGACAGGUUUAGUAAGCUAACUGGUAAUAAAUCACAGGAGAAGAAUGCUGAUAUAGCAGAUCUCAGUGAUCUUAACAGAGCUAUGAAGCUGUCAGAAAAAUUUGGUCAGUUAUUCGAUGAUGAGUGGACUAAUGCCUUUGAAAAUUUGACGGAUAAGAAGCCAGCCUUACCUGUUAAAGAGGCCAUAAAUGUUCUACUACGCCUUCUUCAAGAAUGUUGGAAGUUUUGCUAUAACAUGAUGGCAACGCAAAUGGACAGUUUACAAAGUGUGUUUCUACACCCCGCUCAGAACCUGGCUAAUCUUGACCAAAAGAAAACUGGACUGACUGAGAGACCCAUAAUUACAUCAAAGGACCAGCUAUCACUUAAAGAUUUACGUAAUCGGGUUGGAGUAUCACCAUCUGUCAUAGAGGAAGUUAAACAGGCAUUGCUUGCAGACUCUAAGACAUGGGAUAAAAGGGACAAAAGGGAAUUUGAUAAGAAGCACGUAGAAGCGUGUACACCUUAUUUACAGAAAUGUGCUGAGAUUUGCUGGCUUAUGGCCCUGCAUGACCCUCCUUUGUUGAUGAAAAUGGAUGUCAAACAAGGCGAGAAGUUUGAUGCAAAUAUGUAUACAGUGUACAGUCAAUCUGGACAAACAAUAGAUUUUUUGGUAUGGCCUCCACUUUAUAAUAGUAGUGAUGGUGGACUUCUGUCUAAAGGUGUAGCUGAACCAUUAAGAGUUGUAGGCAAGAAGAAAUGAAAAGCUUGUGACUUGCUAGCUUAUGUAGUUUAUGUUGGUUCUGAAAGAUAAGCCUUUAGGGAUAAAAGUAUGUCUUAUGAUAUCUAAAUAUAUAUUUUUUCUUUGCAUUUUUGCAGAAUUACUUAAAUUUUGGUUUCAAUUUUGUUUAAAACCACGGCCAUAAUACAAGUAAAAAUCUAUAAUACCCCCACAUAUUUUGGAGGAGACUAUACUGGAAUCACUUUGCCAUGCAAGUUCGCCGGUCAGUCUGUGGUGCACGCUUGUGCCAGAAAUAAUGCAUGGACAACCACCUGUGGUCUUCUUCUACCAGUAAAGCUGAAUUGUUGCCUUAGAAGCUAUACAGUGUUGGUGAGACAGUAAACCUACGUGUGCCCCCCAAAGGAAAUGAAAUGAAAUAAGAAUGAAGAAAUAAAUACAUGACAUUAAUAAGUCAAUUCAUUUUGGAGAAGGAACACCAGGUAUAACAACACUGAGGUGAUUUUUCUCAGAUGUCCUUCGUGUUUUAUGAAAGAAAGGCACAGGCAGGCACCUUCGUACAACAACGUCCUUCUGUCUGAAGGAGUCCUUUCACUGAAAAAGCUGGAAAGCUAAUGAGCGACCCUUAAUGUUUCUUUGUACCUUAUAAUAAGAGAAUUCUCCACUUUUAAUGAAAUGACUGUCUUCUUAUGUUAAACAGAAUAUUAAUGAGAGAAUGAAGUCAAUAUUUUUUCAACUCGAACUGUGUUUGUGGUCAAUGAUGUCUUAAGUUUGUUUUGAAAACAAUAUUGUCCAUUUUUUUAGAUUGUAAGUGCUGUUUGCAAAGCAAAAUUACUUCCUUUGUACACUACGGUAUACGUUACAAUUAGAUACAUUUUCAUGCUUUGCAAACAGCACUUACAAUCCAUGUAAAUUACACAUUAAAAAUGUCAAAAUAUGCAAAAAUACUAACUGCAUUAGUCACGUGAUAAAUUAUGUAAAACGAGUAAUUUAUCACACUUGACUCUUAAAUUGUUUUUACUUUUUUAGUACAUUUUUUCUCAAGUUGUUUGAUCUUUUUUUAACUGUUUUUCUCGAUUAAUCAAGGCAUGCAGCUUUAAAGGAAAGAGCAAUUUAUUUGUUUGAUGCAUUCGGUUACAUUAAUUCUUGUUUGCCUCUCCUCACAACGAUUCAUGAAAUAAGCAUUCAUAAUUAUUCAUUAAGACACAUAAUUGGAGUUAAAAAAAUUGUUAUGGAUGGCAUGGUUUGGUUUAUAACAGCAGGGACAUGUACACGUAUGGUAAAAUAAACUUAAUAAAUUUAUUAUUGUUAGACAAUAAAUAAAAACAUCAUAUUUUAACAAAUACCUAUUUGUUUGUUUGAUGCACUGUAAAUGUCCAAAUGAUAAUGUGCUAAGAAAAUAAUGAUAUCCGAUUUACUUUCUGUUCUUUUCCCAGAUGGUUACUUUCAUAACUUUUUGUAAUCAAUGUUUUAAAAGUUUGAUUUUUUGUCUUCUUUUAUUUAUGUGUUCCAUCAUGGUAACACUUUAUAUACAUACAGUCUGUAAUAGUGAAUUGAAUGAUGUAGUCUCUAAUUAAAGAUACUUAUCUAUAAAAAAUGUUUAUUAUGAUAUUCGAUCAAUUAACCCUAGUAAGGAGAUAAAAUCGUUUUAACCUUGCAAGGUACUUCUGUUAUUGAAAUUUUGUUUUUGAUUAAAAACAUGUUAGUCUUUUAAGCUCACCUGUCACAAAGUGACAUGGUGAGCUUUUGUGAUCGCUUUUCGUCUGUCCGUCCGUAAACUUUUACUUUAAACGACGUCAUCCUAUAAACUGCUAAACCAAUUUCAUUCAAACUUCACAGGAAUGUUUUUUUUGGUAGUCAAAUUCAAAAAUGUUCAAAGAAUUUAAUUCCAAGCAGAACUCUGGUUGCCAUGGCAACCGAAAGAAAAAACGUAAUAUCUUCUUUUAGAAAACCAUAAGAGCUAGAGCUUAAAUAUUUGGCAUGAAACAUCAUCUAGUCAGUGUCUACCAAUAUUUAUCAAAUAAAUGCCAUUGGGUCAAAAUUGACCCCGCCCCGGGGGUCAUUGAUGUUCCUUAUUUGUACAUAGUAAAAACUUUAAAAAUCUUAUUUAAAAAAAACACAAAUACUAGUAACUAGGGCUUAGAUAUAAAGCAUGAAACAUCUUCUAGUGGGUGUAUACCAAGUUUGUUCAAAUAAAAGCCAUAGGGUAAAAAUUGGCCUCGCCGCAGGGGGUCUUUGUUUUUCCCUUUAUGUAUAUAGUAUAACUUAAACAAUCUUCUUUUAAAAACCCAAAAGUGAUAGAUCUAAAAUAUACAGCAUGAAACAUCUUCUAACAGGUGUCUUCCAAGCUUGUUCAUGUAAGGGCCCUUGGGUAAAAUUUGCCCCGUCCCAGGGGUCUUUGAUUUUCCUUAUAUGUGUAUAGUAAAAACUUAAAAAAUAUUCUUAUAAAAAAUCCAUAGUGCUAGAGUUUAGAUGCUAAGCAUGAAAUAUCUUCUAGUGUGUGCCUACCAAGUAUCUUUAAAUAAAAGCCCUGGGGUCAAAAUUGACCCCACCCAGGGGGGUAUUAUUUUUCCCUAUAUGUAUUUAGUAAAAAAUUAAAGAAACCUUCUCAUAAAAACCCCAAAGAGCUAGAGCUUAGAUAUAAAUCAUGAAACAUAGUUGUCAACCAAGUUUGUUCAAAUAAACCCCUGGUUUAAAAAUGGCCUUGGCCUAGGGGCCUAUAUACAGGUGAGCGAUUUCAGGGCCAUGAUGGCCCACUUGUUUCAUGUGUUUCUGUAGUACAUGUUUAUGUUCAUUAAAAGCGGUAUUGACCACAUUGUCAAAUUAUAUAUCUGUGCUUGAUAAAAAAGUUUCAUAUCUUGUUUCAACAUUGUUGAAAACACUAUGAAUAGAAAAUAAACACUUUCAAAGGGACAUUAUAUUGGAACACUUUUACUUUUAAAUAAGUUACUUUGUUUUUAUAAUUGAUGUGAGGAAUACACAUGGAAUACAAUGCUAUUUAAUAAUAUUUAUUAAAUAGAAAUUCUUUGUUUUUUCUUAAAUGUAGUGAUAACCUAUGUACAUUUGUAUCACAAAAUCGUCAAUGGUUACACAGAAUACAAUUUAUGUUUUCAUUUUGUAUAAUAAAUAUGCUGAAAUAA